AUGAACCCGUAUGUGGAGGCGCCCGAGAGGCAAUUUGACCCGAAACUGUACAUUCAUACGUCUACAGGCAACAAAAUAAGUCGUAAAUGCACCUUAUGUGGUGCGCAUAACAUCCAUUUACGCGGCAAGACUAUUGUUGAUUCAGGUGCAAUCGUCCGUGCCGAUUUGGCAAAAGUUUCGCUUGGAAAGCAAUGCAUUAUUCGAGAAAAUUGUGUUGUAAAGCCUCCGCCAAGAGUCGUGUCCACAGGAUUGGCCUACAUCCCAGUAAAAGUAGGAGAUUAUGUGUAUAUUGGGGAAGACACGGUAGUGGAAGCUGCAAUGAUCGGAUCUUACGUGCAGAUUGGCAAAAACUGUGUCAUUGGAAAGCGAGCCAUCAUUCGAGACUGUUGUCGGAUCGAAGACAAUACUGUUGUUCCUGCUGAUGCUGUUAUCCUGCCAUUCUCGAGGAUUGGCGGCAUUCCAGGAAAGCUUGUCGAGGAUAUGUCUGAAGCUACCCAGGAACUAAGCAUUGGACAAAUUAGUCGAUACUUUGACAAUUUCACUCCGCAAGAACAGUGA